CCUCCCUUCCGCAGGACUCAUCUCUCGGGCUGGGUGGAGGGAUAGAUGUUGAGUUCGCAGGUGCGCGGUCUUCGGCGCUGGCCCACCACCUUCGCUCCUUAGCGAAAGAACGCGGGCAGGGAUCGAGGUGGGGAGGGCGGCAGAGACCCCCGACCACGCGUGCUAACUGGAGCCGCCAGGUCCUCUGGGAAGAAUCUGGGCUGUGACCAUUGAAGGACAUAACUUCGAUAUUCUGAGCAUUAAAUCUCAGAGGAUCCAGACUAGCUGGGGUCUCUGCUGUCCAGACAGGACAAAAGGCAGGACUUGAGUGGGUUCUGCCCGCCCUCCCUUCCUACACUCUUGACUGGGGGGACAGAUUUUGGAAACCUCAAGUAAGACGGCAGAGGAUCCAUGGUACACAGUCCGGUGAUGUCAGCCUGCCCCUACCAUGGGCAACACCCAGGAGAGGCCAUCAGAGACGAUCGACCGCGAGCGGAAACGCCUGGUAGAGACGCUGCAGGCGGACUCGGGGCUGCUGCUGGAUGCGCUGCUGGCACGGGGCGUGCUCACCGGGCCCGAGUACGAGGCUCUAGACGCGCUGCCUGACGCCGAACGCAGGGUGCGCCGCCUGUUGCUGCUGGUGCAGAGCAAGGGCGAAGCUGCCUGCCAUGAGCUGCUGAGCUGCGCCCAGCGAACUGUGCGGGCGCCCGAUCCCGCCUGGGACUGGCAGCACGUGAGGACCGGCUACCGGGAACGAAGCUAUGACCCUCCAUGCCCAGGCCACUGGACUCCCGGGGCUGCUGACUCAGGGACCACGUGCCCCUGGCUGCCCAGAGCUCCAGAAUCCGAUGAGGCCCGGGGUCCUGAGGACUCCGAAGCAGCACAAUCCGGAACCCCCGAGGAAGCUGAGCCAGAGCUGGAAGCCGAGACCUCUGAAGGGGCUGAACCGGAGUUGGACCCCCAAAUGGAUCCGGAACCAGAGCCAGAGGCAGAGCCAGAGCCAGAGGCGGAGCCAGAGCCAGAGCCUGAGCCUGACUUCGAGGCUGAAGACGAGCCUGAAGGCGAGCCUGAAGAUUCCUGAAAGCCAUAGCACCCACAGGCCGCUCUUCGUCCUAGCAGCAUCGGAUCUGGGAUCCCGCCAAGGUGGGGUCAGAUGCCACCAAGGUUCCAUCUGGCCCAGUACCACUGAAAGUGAAUAAAUUUUGGAGAGUCAGCCUGGA